AGAUGUGAGGAAAUUUAUGACUUUGUCUUCAAUGAUGCGUUCUACAGAAACCCCCGUUUUUUCCGUUCUUAUUACACAAUCCACCUAUACACGAGGCUUGAUAGGUGAGAUAGAUGUUUUUGAAAUAUUGAAUAGCCUCGGUUUUGAAGUCAUUCACAGAGGUCGUAGAGGAGAUGGAGGUGUUGAUAUUAUAUGCAAAAUUCGAAAUAGAGAAAUUUGGAUACAAGUUAAAAACUGGACUAAUAAUAUAGAUGUUAUUCGAGCGUUAAGAGGUGUUACAUGUACGAAAGAUAAUGUCAUAGGCGUUGUAGUUGGUAAUAAGUUUUCCCCUGGUGCGGUUGACGAAGCAAAUAUAUCCGAAGACAUUCCUCAUCCUAUCAUCCUUACAACCAAAACUCAACUCACUCUAACUUUCCUUAAUCUCACACUCGACAUUAUUAACCGAAAUCCUAUUAAACUUCCUCUUUAUAACAAUCAUAUCCUUCGCCAUUAA